AGUAUUCUCUCUCUCUCUCUCUCUCUAAAUCCUCGCCAAAGUUCAUAAACCAACAAAAAUGGCACAGUUUAAGGCUGCCUCUCUCUCCAUGCUUGGGUUCAUGGCCUUGCUAGCACUCACACUUGCCCCAGCCAUCUGCGCUCGAACCCUCCUAGACGAGGGUCCCGGACCGCUCGCACCCUUGCCGAGCCCACUAGACGCACCCACCACACCAUUGCCCGACCCACCAGUCGUGGGUCCCGCUGUGGUCCCAGAAACGACGCCAGGUGGAGACCACAGUCUCACUUUCUACAUGCACGACAUCCUGGGCGGGACCCACCCCACCGCCCGGGCAGUCACCGGCAUAGUCAAUAGCGUCGCGGCCGCCGGCAUGCUCGCCUUCGCCCAGCCAACGGACGUCUUCCUCGGCAACGGCGGUGUCCCGCUCCCCAACGCCAACGGCCAGAACGUGGACACCAACGGCGGCACCGUCCAGUCGUUCCUGACGGGCCUGGGCGGCGUCACGGCCUUGCAGGUUGGCAGCGCCGCCGGGGGGCAGAACCAGCCGUUCGUGAACGGCGGCCAGCUGCCUCUGGGGGCGACGCUGGAGAAGCUGGAGUUCGGCACCAUUACCGUCAUAGACGACCAGCUGACCCAGGGCGACGAGCUGGGUUCCCCCGUGGUGGGCAAGGCCCAGGGCUUCUACGUGGCCAGCUCUGAGGACGGCAGCAGCCAGACCUUGGCCUUCACGGCCCUGCUGGAGAGCGGCGGCUUCGCUGACAGCCUCAGCUUCUUCGGCGUGCACCGCACCGCCGUCUCGGAGUCGUACAUCGCCGUCAUCGGCGGCACCGGAAAGUACGUCAACGCCAAGGGCCACGCCUCCAUCCGAACCCUCCCUCCGGUCAACACCCACGAGACGGACGGCGCACAGACCGUGCUGCAGUUCGAGGUCUACCUCUCCUACUAGAAAGGCUUGCAUGGGGGAAAUCAUCUUGGUGCUGAGAAAGUCUCUGGUCUCUGUUUCUUCUCACUCUCUUUUUCCUAUCUACAAAGUGUCUGAGUGUUCAUGGCGUGGCCAUUGUAGAAAAUUUGAAAUUAUC